AUGUCGAACAAGACCGCGAAGGAACGUCUUGACCAGGUCAAUUCGCAUCUUGCGACAGGAACACCAAAGAACCAGUCAAGAAAGCGAGGCAGCAGAAGCGCAAGUGCUCUACCGUCAGACUACUCGGAUGUUCUUGGUCAGAUUGCAACACUCCAGGGAAUCGCAGCGACACCUGAUACCAGUAAUCGAGGUUAUGUGCGACAAAAGAAAGCCGGUAAGCUCUGGGUACAGGAGAGAAUACAACAACUCCUCGAUCCUGGGAGCUUUCGGUCUGUGGGGAGUGUAUCUGGUACUGUCAAGUGGAAGCAAAUUGGCGAUACAAACGAAGAACCAAUCGGUUUCGUACCAUCCAACAAUGUUCAGGGAUUCGGAAGAUUACGAGGUCGCAAGAUCAUCCUAACAGCAGACGACUUCUCGAUUAGAGCCGGCCACGCUGAUGGUGCUUCGACCGAGAAGACAGUCUAUAUGGAAAAGCUCGCCAUCGCUUUGAAGCUGCCGAUUGUGAAAUUGGUCGACGGUUCUUCAGGCGGUGGAUCUGUCACAACAAUUCGCUCAUGGGAGUACUCUUACAUACCGCCACUGCCCUCUUUCCAACAUGUUGUCGAACAGCUCAAUCUCGGCAUUCCAAACCUCGGCGCAGUUGUCGGUCCAGCCAUUGGGCUGGGCGCUGCUCGUGUUGUGGCAUGUCAUUUCUCCGUCAUGGCCGGCGACAUUGGCUCUUUGUUCAACGCCGGACCGGAUGUCGUCAAGAAUGCAAGUUUCGAAGAGGAUCUUUCACCUGCAGAUCUAGGUGGCCCAGCAGUACACUGUACGAACGGCACCAUCGACAAUCUCGCAGCCGACGAAGCUGGAUGUUUCGAGCAGUUGCGCACAGUUCUGAGCUAUCUCCCAAACUGCGGGACCAUGCUACCUCCAGUCAUUCAAUCAUCGGAUCCCACGGACCGCAAGUCUGAGGUGCUUCGAUCAAUCAUUCCCCGUGCAAAGAAUCGCAUGUACAACGCUCGCAAGAUCAUCACCGAAGUUGUCGAUCAAGGCUCUUUCUUCGAGAUUGGUCCACUCUGGGGCAGAACAGCGAUUGUUGGUCUGGCUCGACUCGGAGGCAAGCCCGUUGGCAUUGUAUCGCUGAAUUGCGAGGUCAAUGCCGGUGCACUCGAUGCUCUGGGCUCCCAGAAGAUCGCACGGAUGCUCAAGUUCUUGGACAUCUUCAACAUUCCCCUUGUCCAAUUUGUGGACAUACCCGGAUAUGCUAUCGGAACAGUUGCUGAGCGUAAUGCGACAAUGCGACAUGGCAUCUCACUAGCCACAGCUUAUUACAGCACGACCAUGCCCGUCUUCAGUGUCAUCACAAGACGCGUCUAUGGCGUAGCAGGUGGUUUAAUGCUUGACUGUCGAGACCCCCGCAUGCGAGUUGCAUGGCCUUCUGGUCAGUGGGGAUCACUACCACUUGAAGGCGGCAUUGAAGUCGGUCAUUCUUUCGAACUUCGGGAGAUCGAGCGUCAACAUGGCAAGCAAAAGCGAGAUGAAAGAUACGCAGAGCUUGAGAACGAGUACAAACGAUUGAUGAAUCCCAUCCGCACCGCCAAUCACUUUGGCGUAGAGGAGAUCAUUGAUCCGGCUCACACGAGAGAACUGUGCUGUGAGUGGGUUGGUCAUGUAUAUGAGACGCUCUUGCCGCAACGAAUCUUGGAGAGGAUCUCUGGCAAACUCCAGCCAAGGUUCACAUGA